AUGCUGACCCAGUACGCACAGCUUCCGCUGGGGAGGAGUCCCCUGGAGGAACUCACUUCGCUAGCAGCGUACUGCUCCUUUUGUGCCCAGCCCCUGCGCUGGAAGACCAGCCAGCACCAAUCGGCGAUGACCUCCUACUACACGAUAGAGGAGGAGGUGGCCGCAAAGGACGCAGAGGAUCCGGAUGCCCCUCGUGCCAAGAGGGAGGAACCGGACUGGGAGGAAGAGGAAGACCGCCGCCGAGCCGAGAAGAAGGAAAAGAAAGAAAAGAAAGAGAAAGACAAGAAGGACAAAGACAAGAAGGAAAAGAAGGAGUGCCGAGAGCGCGAGGCCCAACGGGAGGCCGAGAAAGAAGCCCAGAGAAGGCGAGAGGAGGAGGAACGGCGGGAAGCCGAGGCCAGGAAGGAGCUGACGCGAGCCAGGGAGGAGCACCGGCUGCGUCGUAAGACUUUCGAGGGCCUAAGGAACCUGGACCCCGAGACGCUGGAGGAGGAGAAGAAGGAAGGCUCUGGGUCGUACUACUCCUCGUACUCGGAGGAGUCAGACGACGAGCCUGUGCUGCCGCCCACCGCGCGAAAGAUGCUUGCCACGAAGUCGAAGGCAGCACCUCCACCGUUUACGGGUGACGACAAGAAGAAGGCCCAGGCUAGGCUCAAGAGGCUUGAGCAAGAGGCCAGGGACGCGCAAAUGGCGCUGGAGCUGCAGAGGAAGCAGUACAGCAAGGACUUCGAGAGCGGUGAGGACGAGCCGAAGCCUCACCCGAGGCCCACGCCAAAGAGGCACCCGUACCGCGAGCGGGAACCAGAGCGGCCGCAGAGGCCAGUGACGCCGCUGCUCGGGCCACGACCCCGAAAGGAGCCACGACCCCCCAAAGGGCACGGCAAGAAGGGGCACGGCAAGGGCGCGCAGGGCGAGAAAGGUGCCUGGCACUGGGUGCCAGAUGAAGACGAGCCCCGGAGAAAGAAGCCCAAGGCUAAGGGGAGUGAUGACCCCAAGGGCAAAGGAAAAGCCAAGGCCAAAGAGGGCUACUGGGGAUGGCUGGACUCCAUCGGCUACUUUUGGGUGCCAGCCUCGCAGGCCAAAGGAAAAGGCAAGAAGAAGGACAAAGGAAAAUACAAAGGAAAGACGAAGGCCAAGAACUGGCACGGCACUACGGCCGAGAGGACCCGGUGGGUGGAGGAGAGCCGUCGCUCCCCAGGCGGCCCACCACCGGACGAGCCGCCUGAUGAUGAUCAGGACGGCGACGGGCCCCCAGACCCGGACCUGGGCUACGGUGGCCGUGGAGGCUACGAUGAUGACGACGAAGGUGGCGAUGAUGACGAUGACGAUGGUGGUGGCGACCCCUACGGUUGGGACGAGAACUACUGGGAAGAAGGCUACGAGGAGGAGGAGCACACCACGGACCCCGAAGUCGAGCCUCCACCUCCACCGCCACUGCUACCGGACACGAAGGGCAAGCCAAGGCUCAGGAAAGGGCCAGCGCCAGGGAUAAGAUGGCGUAGCGGACGACCGCCGUCUCCGCCGCCAUACGAGCACAACCCUCGCGACUUGCGCUCGUUUCCCCGGUGGGAGCGGCGCUUGAGGUUGUGGGAGAAGCGCGUGCUGGCAUGGAUGCCGGCAGGAGAGGCAGCAAUGUUACUCUUGGAGUCGCUCCCUGGCAUCGCCGAGCUUGAGUGCGAACACAUUCCACUCGAGAAGGUGAACUGUGACCAAGGCAUAGAGAACAUUUUGUCUGCCCUCCGCGCGCCGCUUUCGGAGAGGAGCCUGUACAUGAAGCGGCUCUAUCUCCAGGAAUGGGAGAACGUCUCCAGGCAGAUGAACGAGUCGGUGCGCAGCUAUGUCAAUCGAUAUCGCCGCGUGGUCCAGGACCUGCAGUCCAUGCAGAUCGGACUUGAA